AGAAGUGAGACCGCGGGACGGUGAGGAUCUGCAAUCGAUCGAGUGAUUCGUUUCAGACGCAGUUGAGAUCACGCGUCGUCGAGAUCGGAGCGGCCGCCGGAUGUUCGGAGAAAAACUUGACAGAAAAGUUUCGCAGAUUGAUGAAACUGACGUAAUCGAAGAUUCUUCAGUUCUCACGGAGAACGUUGGAGCAGAAGCACGAAGAAAACUGACAGUCGACACCAUCAUAUCCGACGCAAAUCGCGGAGCGCGUCAAGCACUGGAUAAGUGCACAAGUCUAAAGGUAAACGGAGAUACCUGGAGAUCCGUUCACUCGGCUAGACACGCAAAUCGAGAUAGAGACUUCGAGAUGCUGGCAGCUUCAUUCUGUUGCAAAGUCUAUUACACGAUGUUGCCCAGCAAGAAUAUGACUUCGCAAGUUCCACGUUGCCUUUUCGGCAAGCCGAAUUCGCGCGAAACGAUAGAGAUGCUUCACGAAGCAUUGGAUCUAGAAAGGAGUAGAUUCAGGAGCAGAUGGGGAGUGGAUCCAUCUUCCGAGGACAAGGAGAAUAAUUACCAGAGGAGGAACAACGAGAAGAACGAUCACUCGCCCAGCAAAAAACGGAGUAAUCCGUAUUCAAGGCAGACCAGCAUUCACGAUUACUGGCGAGCACGAAAAAUGUGUGAGGUGAACAAGAAGCCUCUGACAGCCUCGACGGACGUGUCGAAGCAUCAGAACGUGGAGUCGUCGAAAACAACGAAAACGAGCACCACGACGACGGCGAUGACAACGACGGCGACGAAAACAACACAGAAGAUGACAUCGAAUUGAGACGAUCGUAUAUCCUAUAGACUGGUGCAUAAUGUGCGGUGUUCUUGCAGGGGCGGCGAAAAAACCGCUACGUUAACUUAAAUUUGCACACGAACGGUGAAAGAGCUACUCGUAAACUUAUUAAGUUAUUCAGAUUAUAUAACUAUUAUUUAAAAUUAUUUAAAAAAACGGAGGAAACGUGCGAAGUGACCAUCCAGUGAAAAUUUCAGCGUAAACUACGUGGAACAGAAACUCGUCGCUUUCGCUUUCUGUUUCAAGUAAUUUACAUUCGUACCCAAUUGCUCAUUGAGGCCACUUCGUUGUAAUACGAUUUCUCUCGGCUGGAUUUUCGAAGCAGUCGCUUCGCCGUUCGUGCGCAGUCACAUAUAAGCACGUGCGUUUCAUAUGCUCGGCACCGAAAAAAUAGAACGGGUUACGUUUUUAAAGCAUCCACGGUAAAAUAAACACAGUUGCGAGCACCUCCAUGUACAGCAGUGCGUAUUCCAUCGACUUGGCGAUUUUUCCGCCGCCGUGGCAAAAUAACCACGAUGGAACCAACUUGUGCACGCGAUCCUAACGAUUGUUUCGCGUAGGUCAGAUUUCAUCUGCGCCGUUGAAAUUUGUAUAUUCCGUCAUUUUUCGAGCGUCCUUAUCAUCAACUAAUUAUCAAAGUAAUCUGCUUUAUAGUUAACUGCGCCAUCAAUUAUUAAUUAAUUUCUGUAAAUAAUUCACCGAGAUGAUUUAUGGAGGUUUGGUUGGACACGCUGUCGCCACUUCCUCGGUUAGAAUGCCGAAUUUGUACGAUCGAUGAAUCAUUGUCUUAACUUUGACGAGCCAAUCAAGAAUCUUGCUCGUGAUCUAGUAUAGAUCUACGAUUUACUGACGUUGACGUCAUUUUUAACGAGCAUUUUGCGCAUAAAAGAUUCUUCGCGUGGCGACGGCGGUCCAUCGAAAGCCUGAAGCCCGUUGGUUCUUCGAUGAAGCAACAAUGCAGCACCUCCAAAGACUAAGCGAUUACAAAUGUCAACUUGCAGCUCCGCACUCUCAUCGCGCAUAGAGAGCAAGUGCAGGAGAGAGUCCUAUGUACAUGUCAUUUUUAGAAUUAGAAAACUCUUCUAGUCAUCUAGUUGUUUAACUAAUUAAUAAAACUAUCAUGUUUUUAUUCGUA